UUACGUACAAGCAAUAAUUAUCUCCAAUGCAUAGAUUGUCUAUCGAAUCGUUGCUGUAGUCAUGAUGGAUUUUUUCCCUUUUUUUCCAAAAAAAAGAAACGAUGGAUGUAGGUAUGAGGUAUUAGCCUCGAGAUAUGCGUAAAUGAUAAGGUAAACCGAUGAUGCCACUAACAAGCGACGAAGCACAUGCAUAGCAUGGCAUGGCACCCUAGCGCGGAGCAUGGGUGAGAGAGGUGAUGCCAUCAUCAUCAUCAUCAUCAUCGCUGCGUGGGUGUGCACCUGGACCCCUUCUCUCACUUCUGCUCUCUGCCUGCGGUGAUUUGUGUCAUUCCGUUAGGGGGAGACACAGGCAGCUUUGUAUCUUUGUAUUGCAGUCAGUGACGGACGGGAUGCAUCAGUACUCCGGCGGCUGUGACGAUAUCGCGGGGACUUUGGUACUGAUUGACGCUUUGGGUGACUUCAUCUUGUGUCUGUCUACAAUACACGCCCACGACUUCGAAUAGAGUCUAGUCGGCACGUUUUAUGUCAAUAUGAGGCUCUAUCCUUAACUCAACAUCUUGACUGUUUAUUUUCUUUUCUUUCUCUCGUCUCGUGAUUUUUGUUUACGAGCUGAAGUUGUCAACGUCACAGCGAGUCUCUUCAUUGGAUACCCCGCUAUCACCACUACUGACUGACUGGACUGGACUGGACUGUAUUUACCUCGUUGUCUAUUUAGCUUUGACAGCCAUCGUCAUUCACCUUCACUCGCCAGCGUCUUACAAGUACUCUGUUUCAGCUGUAAUCAUGCAUACAGUACAUUCAGGGCAAUAGUCUCCGAGAUUGACCUCUCUUGUUCACUCAGUGACCUCACUCCCCAGACCACAGCUCCUCGACUCCCGCCAAUUUCCUCACUGAAUUGACUACAAACCCCUGUGUCUUCCAAGGUUUCCCGCUGGGAACGCCCCCCAUCCCCACUCGAUCCGCCUGGCGUUGGCCUAGAAUCCUGCUAAAAAUCUGGGCUGCCACUCCAAGUGGGCUGCCCACCCUUUCCGUUUCGUCACCUCUCAAAUCUCGGUCCUCCCCCCGUCAAAAAGAAACCAGGCUCUACCUUACCAUACCUGACCUUGCCUUGCAUUGCCUCGAACAAAAACAAGCAACCAGCGCAAGGCAGUUUUAUCCCAAUCGAUUUCCUUUUCCUGGUUUCUUCCCUUGGGACGACUUCUCUUUUCUCUUUCUUCUCCAUCCUCCAACAUCUGUGUCACUUUUCGACUCACAACGUUAACCCUUACUCAUCUCUUCACUGCUCGACUUUCUACGACACCCUCACAUCAAACGUCAAACAAGAAACGCUCCCGUCCGCUAGAGUAGACCUGCUAAACCCCGCAUCGUCCACAGAGCAGUCCAACCCUGUUUUCCUGCUUCCGUCAAGAAAUCUAUCCCAUUUCGUCUUUUAUGAUAAUAUUGCCCGCGCUUUGCGACACACCAAACAAAGCUCACGUUUACGAUCACGACUCGCUACGACUCCAAGACGGAAUAGCUCUAGGCUAGAUCAGCGAAACCCGUUUUUGGUUGCACUACACAUUAGAAGCAACUACUGCUCUCAAAGACGUCCAAUCGCCCAUUACUUGCUACCAAAGUUGGCCCAAGGCCUCACGACCUUUUCUCUCACAGGCGACUGUCGCGCCUAAGCGACAAUUUCUCCAGCCAUGUCUACCAUUCAGCAACUCAAGAACUUUAUCCGGCACGGCAAGCAAGCUCGUGCCGCUGCUCCUGAAGAGGCUCCACGCAAGACAGAACAGCAGCAGGCGCCCACAGUCCAGCACAAGACAGCAUCAGACCCCAGUAACACCCACUACGCACGGGCACAAGAGCCCGGAAACGAAUAUGGCGAUGACGAUUACGCACGCAGCAAGAGCAAGAAGCGCGUCGACGAUGAGAAGCUCGCCAAGCUUAUUGCCGAGGAGAAUGCCAGCAAGAGCAAAUUCCCUCGUUACCCCGGCCUCGAGCGCUGGGAACUCGUCGACAAGAUGGGUGAUGGUGCCUUCAGCAAUGUUUACCGCGCCCGCGACACAACAGGUCAGCAAGGCGAGGUCGCUAUCAAAGUAGUACGCAAGUACGAGAUGAACAGUAUGCAGGUAAGCAAACACCGGGGUCGUCUGUAUCUGUCACCCUAUCUCCUUUUGUUAUGAUGUUUCUUGUGGUUUUCAUUCGUCCGCUUUCUCUUUCUUUGGGUCCCCAUUUACCAACACGGGGUUGUCCCCUUUCAUAGGGCAAUAAGCAUUUACAUCCAGACUUCAAGAAAGUCCCGAAGGCAGCAGAGGUGCGAGAAGAUUCUCCUUACGUUACUAUUUCUUUCCUAUGUCUGGGCCAACGCUGUCCCCGUCUGAAGUCAGUUCCUGCUGUCUUGAUGGCGGGGAUAGCCAGCCUUUAGACUCGAGGACAUGCGAGGCAGAAUACUGACACUCCUGCAGCGAUCAAAUAUCUUGAAGGAGGUCCAGAUUAUGCGCCAACUCGACCACCCCAAUAUUAUUAAGCUCGUCGAAUUCUCCGAAUCGAGGCAAUAUUAUUACAUCAUUCUGGAGCUUGCCCCAGGUGGUGAACUUUUCCACCAGAUUGUCCGCUUGACAUAUUUCAGCGAGGAGCUUUCCCGACACGUCAUUGUUCAGGUGGCCAAGGCUCUUGAAUAUCUCCACGAGGAGAAGGGUGUUGUUCAUCGGUAUGUCAUGACUCUUUUUGGGCCGCUUGAUGUCAGAAGUGGUGAUGCCCCUCCUGACGUCAUUCGCCUCUGCACGGCCUUGGAAUCAUCACUAACAUCCCUACCAGUGACAUCAAGCCCGAGAACAUUCUGUUUGAGCCCAUUCCUAUGGUGCCUUCUAAGCACCCGAAACCCAAACAGCCUGGCGAUGAGGACAAGGUUGACGAGGGCGAGUUCAUUCCCGGCCAAGGUGCCGGUGGUAUUGGUCGCAUCAAGAUCGCCGAUUUCGGUCUCUCCAAGAUUGUCUGGGAUAACCAGACCAUGACGCCCUGUGGAACUGUUGGCUACACAGCACCCGAGAUCGUAAAGGACGAGCGAUACUCCAAGUCAGUCGAUAUGUGGGCUCUAGGAUGUGUGCUAUACACUCUGCUUUGCGGUUUCCCACCAUUCUAUGAUGAGAGUAUCGAGGUGCUUACUGAAAAAGUCGCCAAGGGCCAGUACACUUUCUUGUCGCCAUGGUGGGACGAGAUCUCAAAGUCUGCCCAGGAUCUUAUCAGCCAUCUCUUGACUGUGGAUCCUGAGAAGCGAUUUACGAUUACCGAGUUCCUCGCUCACCCAUGGAUCGCCGGAAACGGACCUACUCCUCGAGAUGAGAUGAAGAAGUCUGAUGGCAUGCUCCGGGCCUUUGAUGCUACGAAAUUCGAAGAGUCUGGCAAGCGAUACGACUUCCGAUCUCCUGGCGCUGUGAACCUGCGUGAGGUCUUUGAUGUCGGUUAUGCUGUUCAUCGUCAGGAGGAAGAGGGCAAGCGAAGAGCGCAGAUCGGCCCCAAGGGCACACCAGCGCGCUUCCUCGGAGGCCUCAACGAGGAAGAUGAAGACGAUGAUGUCAUGCAGAUCGAUGGUCAAGAUAACACCGCUGCCAAGCCUAACGCAGCGACUCAGGCCCUUGAGCAAAGUAUGCGAAAGGCCAACAUCCGAGAUCAAGAGCAACAGCAACAAUCUCGGGGUCGUGAGCGGGAGCGUGCUGAAAGAGGUUACGGCCAACAUUCGGCAACAGUCGCCGCGGCCGCUCGACAGCAGGUCCGUGAGCGCAAUCGCCAGCGAGGAGCAUUCGAGCUCAACCUGGACAACGCUACCCUUCUGGGCAAGCGAAACAAGAAGGUUCCUGUCAUGGGGGUAUAGGAGCCCAAUGAUAUAGACUCAGCCGAUGGUUCAGGAACAACAACACCCAAGCGUUUUAGCCUCGAUGGUACAGUGUCGCCAAGACCAACACCUCUGCGGCGGCACUCUUCAGAGCUUCCUUUUAUGUUUGAACAACAUAGAUGACUUAAAGACCACGGGCCUGGGGUGUGACAGUUUCACAUUGACUUUUGUUCUUGGAAAGACGGAGGAUGAUAGUGACACCAGAUAUCGUCACGGGGGCACAUUUAUUCGGCAUGGCAGAGGAGGAAACAGAUUAUUUGAAGUGCAUUCAGGCGCAAGGAGUACCGGGUGAUUGGCACGGCUAACGAUACAGCCCGGGUCAUUUUAGGACUCAAGACUAUCUGCAACAUUUUAUGCCAUGUAAUAUUUGUCAAAGGCCAGGGGCUAUGUAUGAUUCAGCAGGGCUCUUGUCUCUUGGUAUUUAUAAUCUCUCUCUGUGUGUAUCUUUGUUCAUUUCGUGAGGAGAUGUUGUGGCAAUAUCGCGUUGUGCAAUAUCAAUCAUCCAUAGGUUGGGAGUUUGGGGAUCUCGUUUACGUAUUGAAUGACACGGUUUUAAGACUGAAGAUAUACUUGCUUGGAUGUUAGAGAUGUAGAUUUAUUUUCGAAUUAUACAAUUGGAUUGAAUCAAUAUUCCUCGUCGUCUUCUUCUUCCUCUUCACUGUCCUCAUCUGAAACAGGUAAAUGUUCGCCAUUGUUCUUCCUCAGGUCACCGCCAGACGGGACAUUUCCACCUCUCUGCGACUUUGCCGGAUCAGCUUGAUGUUUUCCCUUGGUACAACCUUUUCGUCCACCUAAUUUGUCGCAACAUGUCCAUCGGAAUCCAUCAGGCAUCUCCUCUCUCAUCUCAGGCGUAUCAAUCUCCCCAUGACAAUCCUCAUCAUGAUCCGCCCAGAAAUCCUCUGUGUCGUCAACUUCAAGUUCCCCU